UCACAGAGAUCCACCUGCCUCUGCCUCCGGAGUGCUGGGAUGAAAGGUGUGUGCCACCACCACCUGGCUUAGUGCUAAGAUUCUAAGCUGUUUGAUGGAUGGUUGACCUGAGAUCUGUUCAGACAAUUCGAGGAUCCCAAUCCCAGCAGGGAUGCUAUGGUUUUAGCCCAGCCCUGAAGGAGUGUGUCCAGCUCCAGAAUCCUUGAAAACUGGGAGUGGUUCAGUCUUGCUUCUAUUCUUUUACUUACUUAGGAAUGGGGGAUUGUACCAUAGGGUCUCCUAUGGUAGGCAAGCGCAGCACACCUGAGCUGUAUUCCCAAAGCUUUCAUCGAUUUAUUUUUAUUUUUAGAGUCUUAUCAAGUUGCCAGGCUGGCCUUAAAUUCAUUGUCGCGCAGACCCUCCUAUCCCAGAUCUCAAGCCCUCACCAUCAGCCCGGCUUGGACGUGAAUUUCGAGGCACGGUUGGGAUCGUUUCGGAGGCUCCGUGGUGCGACGUCGUCAGGCUAGGGAUUCACAGACACGAGGCCGGACAACCAGGAGCCGGGCAGGUUCAGGCCAGCCGCGUGAUUGCGAGCGCCGAUUGGCCAGACCGGGCAGGCCCCGCCCCCCCGAGGCGCGACGGCCAAUGAACGCGCCGAGGACCGGCGGGCCAGCUCGCGGGCGGCAGCGGAGCUUCUCCGACGCCGCGGCCUGUGCAGCAGAGUCGGGCACGACGACGUGCGACGUGCGACGCGCGGGUGUCCUCAGAGCCAUGUCUAGGCGGGAACCCGCAGCCAACGCUUCCUCCUCGGGCGUUGCUCCCCGGCGAAGCUCGACGGGGUCCCGCGGCGCCGAGCGGACGGCGGCGGAGGAGCCGAGCCGGAGAGGCCGGGUCGGUAGCAGGAGGGCGGGCGGCGGCUGGAGAGAGCCCGCGGGUGCCGCUGCCGCUGCCGCUGCGGGUGCCGCCGCCGAGGCCACGGCCGCCGGCCGCCGCGAACCGCCGCUCUGCUUCGGGGUGAAGAACGACGUGGUGGGCGCGGUGAUAGGUCGUGGUGGGUCAAAAAUUAGAGAAAUCCAAAAUACAACAAACACUAGAAUACAGGUAAUAAAAGGAAAUCCUGAGGCAGAAAUCAAAAUUUUUGGCAAUAAAGCCAUGCAAACAAAAGCAAAAACAGUGAUAGAUAAUGUUGUUAAAAAACAACAAAAUUACAUUCCAGGACACAGAGUUGAUAUUAUUGCAUUCCAACCUUCUGUUGGAACAGAUACCGGUACAAGUGACAGUGUAACAGAAGAUCAACCAUUGAUAGAUUGGGAUCAAAUUCGAGAAGAUGCUUUAAAAUGGGAAAAGAAAAAGUGGGCAGAUUUACCUCCAAUUAAGAAAAACUUUUACAUAGAGUCAGCAACGACAAGCUCAAUGUCACAAGUGCAGAUAGACAACUGGAGGAGAGAAAAUUUUAAUAUAACAUGUGAUGACUUGAAAGAUGGUGAGAAACGUCCUAUCCCCAACCCUAUAUGUAAAUUUGAAGAUGCCUUUCAAAGUUACCCAGAAGUGAUGGAAAAUAUUAAAAGAGCAGGCUUUAAAAAACCUACACCAAUUCAGUCACAGGCGUGGCCAAUAGUUCUGCAAGGAAUAGAUCUUAUUGGAGUAGCACAAACUGGAACAGGGAAGACACUGUCCUAUUUAAUGCCCGGAUUUAUCCAUCUAGACUCUCAACCACUAGCUAGAGAACAAAGAAAUGGACCAGGCAUGUUAGUCCUUACACCCACCCGGGAAUUAGCCCUUCAAGUAGAAGCUGAAUGUUCUAAGUAUUCAUAUGGUGAUCUUAAAAGUGUUUGUGUAUAUGGUGGUGGCGAUAGAGAUGGACAAAUACAAGAUGUUUCAAAAGGUGUAGACAUCAUUAUUGCAACUCCUGGAAGAUUGAAUGACCUACAAAUGAAUAACUUUGUCAACCUGAAAAGUGUAACCUAUUUGGUUUUAGAUGAAGCAGACAAGAUGCUGGACAUGGGAUUUGAACCCCAGAUAAUGAAGAUUUUGUUAGAUGUACGUCCCGACCGGCAGACUAUUAUGACAAGUGCUACUUGGCCAUAUGCUGUCCGCCGCCUUGCACAGUCUUAUUUGAAAGAGCCGAUGAUUGUCUAUGUUGGUACAUUGGAUCUAGUAGCUGUUAGUACAGUGAAGCAGAAUAUAAUCAUCACCACAGAAGAAGAGAAACGAACUCAUAUCCAAACUUUCCUAGAGAAUAUGUCACCUAAAGAUAAAGUCAUUGUCUUUGUCAGCAGAAAAGCUGUUGCUGAUCACUUAUCAAGUGACCUGAUUCUCCGACACAUAUCAGUAGAGUCUCUGCAUGGCAACAGAGAACAGAGUGACCGAGAGAAAGCAUUAGAGAACUUUAAAACAGGUAAAGUGAGAAUACUCAUCGCUACUGACUUGGCAUCUCGAGGUCUGGAUGUCCAUGAUAUUACUCAUGUCUACAAUUACGAUUUUCCACGGAACAUUGAAGAAUAUGUACACAGAGUAGGACGCACUGGGAGAGCAGGGCGGACUGGCAUGUCAAUUACUCUUAUCACAAGAAAUGAUUGGAGGGUUGCCACUGAAUUGAUUAAUAUUCUGGAAAGAGCAAAUCAGAGUAUCCCAGAGGAACUUGUCUUAAUGGCUGAGAGAUACAAAGCAAAUAAACUAAAAAGAGAGAUGGAAAAAAAAUUGGGAAGACCUCAAGGAAAGCCACAGAAGUUUUACUGAACGUCUAGUAUAGCACUAGCGUGCCACAGGAUUCAAGAUUUUAUUCAAAGUGGAAUUGUUGAAAUGUAUAUCAAUAUGAAGAGACAAGGCUGAUUCUUAAAAUAAUAGUGUUUUUAAAUGUAGAAUUCAAUGUUUUAUACUUUCUUUAAUAAAAAUCAUAAUUUUUAACCUUGUUGAAAUUUUUCAUGGAUAUUUGUUAAGGCAGUACUAAAAGGUUUUAUUUAUAAUAUUUUCUAUUUAAAAAGGAAAACUCUGGGGGCUGAGGAUGUAGCUCAGUGGUAGGGUGCUUGCCUAGCAUGUGCAAGAUCAAGGUUUCAACCCUCAGCACUGCAAAAGAAAAAAAAGACAGUUAUCACCUAUAAUGUUGCUGCACCAACAUCUGUGAAGAGUUUGAUGCUUGUUCAGAUGUUGUCAUGGCAGUGAAAAGAUACUGUGAACAAAAUGUUGAUUUUUCAAUAAAAAGAAAAGUUGAUUUUUUUUUCUUUCUA